AUGCCAUCGAUCAUCAUGAACUCAGGCUUAUGUCUGCCUCACAAGGCUCCUGUUAGACCUGCUCGUCUGCGAUUUCUCGAUAAUUUGACGAGGCGGCUGUCAACCUCUCACUGUCCACGACUAGACGGCCAAGAGCUGAGCGUCUCUGAACAGGGCAAAAGCAUAAAAGACAUAUUCGAAGAAUACGUCUUCAACGAGAUGCCUACCCACAUAUUACAGCUGGAUGAUUACGGGCGGCCACUCCGACUAAUGAGCCGAAACGAGCUGCAAGCAGACUAUUUCCAGCAGUUUUCUGAGGCUGAGAUCAAACAUCGCCUAGACCAGCUUGACUUACAGUGCAGCGAAAAAGGAACGGUGACAAGGGAAACGGCGGUCCGCAGCCUUGUCAAAGAUUCAAUGAAAUACGCUAUCUUUUCCCAUCGCUGGUUCCGCACAGGCGAACCGACAUUCAGGGAUAUCAUGAGGUUACCGCGGGGUCAAAGGUCGGGGGAAGGAUUCAUGAAGCUUGAGAAAUUCUGCGAGAAGGCGUUUGCACAUGGUUGUCGGCUUGCAUGGUCGGACACGUGUUGCAUCAAUAAGAGGGAUAGUUCAGAACUGGAGGAAGCUAUCCGCGCAAUGUUCAAAUGGUACCGUAACGCGCAUAUCUGUAUUGCCUACCUCCAUCAGUCGUCGACGCCGUUCGACUUCGGCAUGGACGAGUGGUUCAAGAGGGGAUGGACCCUCCAGGAGCUUCUCGCUCCACACACGCUGAAGUUCUAUCAGAAAAAUUGGGAACCCAUCAGUAAUUCGUGCAACGACAAGGACGAUGUUAAACUCGUCGACCACAUCUCCCAGAUUACGAAGAUCCCCUCCGAUGAUCUGCAGAGGUUCACGCCCGGAUUUACCCGCGUGCACGAAAAGAUGGCGUGGGCAUCGACUCGAAAGACGACGAGGAUCGAGGACACCGCUUAUUCCCUCAUCGGUCUGUUCGACCUUAGCAUGAGCGUGGCAUAUGGCGAAGGAAAGUGGGCAUUCUACAGGUUGAUGGAGACGAUCUUCCAUAGAUGUCACGGAUGGGAUAUCCUAGCUUGGGCGGGACCGUCAUGUCCACACAACGAGGCCAUCCCGGAUGUCCCUCAGUGCUACACUGCAUAUGAUCCAACGAUGGCCCCAGAGCUAGAGACUGAUGUCGGAGAAUCACACUGGCGUGGUGACCAGUCUUUUGAGAUGACGAAGAGGGGGUUGCAAGUGGAGACGCUUAUCAUUCCGUUGAAGACACCACCGGAGGAUUCCGAUACUUUGACCAUCUCCCCAACGGACGACUCUUUUUACGAUACCAUUGCGACCUGCUUCGAAAAUAAGGCAGGUGAUAUAUGGAAGCGGAAGUACACACCCCAAUGGGCAAUAGGUCCGCAAUGGGCAAUUGGCGUAUUGAAUUACCAGGCCCUCGACGGACGCGUAUACACUCACCAGGGGAGGAUGCAGGCACACCGGCAUUAUGUCUGUUUACUGCUUCAGCUCGAUUCAUCCGUGAAUAUCAGGCGCCUGAGCUGGAAAAGAGUACUCACGAGAGAUGUGUUGAUUAUCGAGACGAAGCGGGAACUCGAGGGGCAGCUUGAGACGAUAUGGCUGUAG